AUGAAUUUCUCGCUGGAGUCUAUAGAUUGGGAAUUAGAACCUUAUGAUCCUUCUUAUGAUCGGUUGGUUGACGAUUUGGAUAAUGAUGAAGACCGUCUUCCUCUCUUCCCAGUCAUUCGAAUCUUUGGAAUCAACGAUAAUUCAGAAACAGUUUGUUGCUUUCUCCACAAUGUAUUUCCUUAUCUUUAUGUCGAAUAUUCUGACUUUUCUAAUGAAAUUGAAGAGCAGGGAAGCAUAACUACUUUCCUCAAUAUCAUGCAUCUUGCUAUUCAUCAUGCUCUUGCCUUAGCUGCUAGAACCCAACCAGAGAAUUACAGACCUUCUGUACAAAGCGUUCAACUUAUAAAGGCAAUUCCCUUUUACGGGUACAAUGUCGGUUAUCGACGGUUUUUAAAAAUCGCUCUCUACAGCCCCAAAAACAGGGAUAGGCUGGUGGAUUUGUUUCGUCAAGGAGCAAUUCUAAAUAAAGUAAUUCAAGUUUAUGAAUCCCACCUAUCUUAUCUCUUGCAGUUUAUGGUUGACUAUAAUCUUCAUGGUUGUGCUCCGAUUCACUGUGAAAAUGAACAUUUGCAAGCGUCAAAAGAGCGAAAGUCGUACUGUGAGAUAGAGUUUCAUAUGGAUCCUCAAGUAAUUCUGAACUCCAGCAAGCUGGUAGAGCGUAACCUUCACUCUUCUAUAUUUGAGUCUUCAUUCGGCCAUGAUUCUUUGCUAAUUAGUAGUCUUUCCGAGAUCUGGAAAUCGGAGGCGAAAAGACGCAAUAUAAUCAGUACAGAUGAAACUAUUAGUUUAUCAGAAUUGCAACAGAGCCAAUUGUCUUUGAAGUCCACUGGUGAUAAUAUCACCAGAUGCUCUCCUCAUUGGAAAAAUGAAGACCAGCUAAAAAAGGAAUUUAUAAAGCUAUUAGAUGAGGCUAACAAGAGGUCGUCUCAAAUGGAACCGUUAAACAUGUCUGACCCAUGGCCUGAUAUUCCCACUGGUUUUGUUGCCCUGCAUUCGAUAAACCCUACGUAUUCCUCACAAAGUUUAGCUUCAAUUUCUCAGUUAUCAAGUGAAGACCGUCAAGUGUCGUCUAAUAUACAAGCGUCACCAGAGAAGAUGAAAACAGACAUUGUAGAAGUUGAGAAUUCGUUCGAACAAUUAGAUUCUGAGUUAGAGAAUAUCAUGGGAAACUCCGUCUUCGAAUCAUUCCCAUUUGUACAGCCUAAUUCGAAUGUGGGAGCUGUUUCGAACCCCUCAACUCCACCGUUAUCUGAAUCCCCAUUAGAUUCCCCCAAGUCAAGCCCUCCUUCAUUGAACGAAUCAUUUCGAGUUGUCAGCUCCCCUUUGAAUUCGCCAAAUUCGAAUUUACGAUUAAAAGGAGGAGGUAAUAUCAGAAAACGUCCAGUCGAGCUUGUAAACUCAUCCGAUGAGUCCUUUCCUAGUUUACGUCCUCUUCCUUCUAGCAAUCCUGAGACUGGGUGCGUCCGUUUUCAAAAAUACAGAAAACCACGAGCUAACUUCGAAGAUUUCACUAGAUGGACGCAAUUACCAAAGGAAUAUCGCUUACCUUAUAGACCCCGCAAAGAAGAACAUGUUUUUGCUAAAAAACCACCAUCUCGUCAACUCUUGAUGGAUACUAUAUCCUCUGUUAAUAUACCGACGAUACUGUACCCCUAUAUACAUUACAGUCUGACAAAGGACAUUCCUUCUGGCUAUCAGGAAUAUUUAGGAAAUGUGUAUUAUCCUCGAGGCAUUACAGCAAAAUACCUUCAAGAAUUUCACUGUGAUGGCCGUGUAGAAGAAAACAUGACGAGUACAUCGCUUAAAUUACCACCUGUCAGAACGUCUACCACAUGGGAAUAUGUUAUUCCUCCUCCUACUCUCUCUGAAUUGAAUAGCUGGUCAAAGAAUAAGAAAGCUAAUACUAAUAAUAAUAAUACUUACAGAACUCCUUCUGCUAGCCAGCAAAAGGUUUUUAACAAGGAUCCCUAUGCUUCGAUACGUAUAUUAUCUCUUGAGUUAUUUUGUAAUAGCAAAAGUGGUUUACUUCCUGAUCCUUCCAAAGAUCCAAUAGAAGGUUGUUUUUGGGCGUAUCAAGAAAAUGCUAAUAUUCGUUCCAUUGAAAAAUACGGAUUUAUUGUAAAUUCCCCGAACGUAGAAAGCACUGCUUUUGAAAAAUCUUUCCCAGGUGCUACAGUUUUAUUGGUUUUUUCAGAAAUUGAACUAUUGAACGAAAUUAUCUCUUUGACGCGUCAAUUAGAUCCCACUAUACUAUGCGGUUAUGAGGUACACAGUAGCUCAUGGGGAUAUCUUAUUGAAAGAGCGGCGUAUAAAUUCAAUUAUGACCUUCCAGAGCAGCUUUCACGGUUGGCUGAUACAACGAAAGGAGCAUUUGCAAAAAAAAAUGAUGCUUGGAGUUAUUCUACCACCUCAUCAAUCAAAAUUGUUGGACGGCACAUGCUAAACAUUUGGCGAAUAAUCAGAGGAGAGAUUAGUCUUCUAAACUAUUCACUAGAAAACGUGGUGGCUCACCUGUUUGGCAUCCAAACGCCUUUUUACAGACAAGCAGAUUUGGUAGAACUUUGGAACACGCCUGCUUAUCAUGACAAACAUAUUCUUUUUCAAUAUAUGUUAAAAAGAACAAAAUUUUCUUUGGAAAUACUAUCCUCAAGAUCGAUUAUCACGAAAAUCCGAGAGCAAGCUCGAGUCGUAGGUAUAGAUUUUAUGUCUGUUAUAUCCAGAGGUUCACAAUUUAAAGUUGAAGCAAUCAUGUUUCGUAUUGCCAAAUCCGAAAACUACUUACUUGUUUCACCAAGUGCUAAGCAAGUAGCUGAACAAAAUGCGUUGGAAGCGUUGCCGUUAGUUAUGGAACCUCGAUCCAAUAUGUAUCAUAAUCCAGUGUUGGUAUUGGAUUUUCAGUCCUUGUAUCCUUCUAUCAUUAUAGCAUAUAAUCUGUGCUAUUCUACUUGUUUAGGGCCUGUACGAUCCGUUAACGGGAAAUUUAAACUUGGGUUUAUGCCUUAUUCUGUUGAUCCUCGCGUAAUGGACAUUCUUAAAGACAAUGUAUAUAUUUCGCCAAAUGGAUACGCAUACGUGAACAAAGAAGUUAGGAAAUCUUUGAUAGCCAAGAUGCUCGAGGAACUUAUUGAGACCAGGGCAAUGAUAAAAAAGGGAAUGAAAGAUUGUGAUUCACCAUAUGUGUACCAGAUUUUAGAUAGUCGGCAAUUGGCACUGAAGCUGAUUGCAAAUGUGACAUAUGGUUACACGUCUGCUUCCUUCUCGGGUCGAAUGCCUUGCUCAGAAAUUGCUGACACAAUUGUUGAAACAGGACGAGAACUUCUUGGAAACGCGCUAUCUUACAUUAAUAAUCAUAAAAAAUUUGAUGCGAAGGUUGUAUAUGGUGACACUGAUAGUUUGUUUGUCGAAUUACCAGGAAAAACUAAAGAGCAAGCAUUUGAGAUUGGGCAUUUGCUUGCAUCAGAAAUUACCUCAAUGUUUCCUUCACCGAUUCGUUUAAAAUUUGAAAAGGUAUACUUACCAUGUUUUUUACUAGCAAAGAAGAGAUACGUGGGCUACAAGUAUGAAAAAGCGAAUGAGGCUGUCCCUUCAUUUGAUGCUAAAGGGAUUGAAACAGUGAGACGGGAUGGAACACCCAUACAGCAAAAAGUUCUUCGCAGUUGCAUAGAAAAGUUAUUCCAGUCCAAAGAUUUGUCUCAAGUGAAAAAGGGGUUUCAAGAGUUUUGUUCCAAAAUUAUGUCCGAAGAAAUCCCAGCUAUGGAUUUUUGUUAUAAUAAGGAAGUGCGUAUGGACAAAUACAAAGAACUAAGUACGGCCCCUCCUGGGGCUACUAUGGCAAGACGUUUAAUGACUAAAGAUCCUAGGUCUGAACCUCAAUAUGGUGAACGUGUUCCUUACUUGGUCCUAGCGGGGGCACCAGGAACCACUCUGGCAAAUCGUUCUGUCUCUCCAGAGGAAUAUCUUUCGGAUAGUUUUUCACAAUUAGAUAUUGAUUAUUAUAUUAGGCACAAUUUAAUUCCGCCGUUGGAUAGGUUUUUGAAUCUACUUGGCACUAGUGCUGAAUCUUGGUACAAUGAAAUGCCAAAACGACUUCAUAAAUUGAUACGAGCAGGAGCUUUGGGUGACGGCUCUAAAGUCCACAAAAAGACACUAGAUAAGUUUUUGACAGAAAGGCUUUGUUCCUCUUGCCUCCGGAACAUGGUAAGCAACCAAAAUUCUUCCGAAAAUAAAUAUCUCUGUGAUGAUUGUCUGAAGAAUGUACCAGCAGCUACGACUAGAGUUAUUCAACAGAGCAAAGACGUUGCUAUUAGAUUAGCAAGGUUAGAAGAUAUAUGCCGGGGAUGCAGUGCCAUUUCUUCUUCUGAUCCUGUUCUAUGCCGGUCAAAGUCUUGUAAAAUAUAUUACGACAGAGCUAAGACAUAUAGCAAGGCGAAAGCUCAGGCAGAACUAUACGAGAGAACAUUACUUUCCUUAGAUUGGUAA